GAGGGUUGAACAUGGCAGCUUGCAGUGCUCUUGAGCUGGGAGCUGCUUUGGAGGUCUUGGACUGGAUUCAGGAGCCCAUGCAGGAUGCCGAGGACGCCUACGAUCAGGGCUACGAAUAUGUGCGGCACAUCAUCCUGGAGGCUUGGGCGAACACCAAGGCGAGCGAUCGGGAGCUUUUGGCUCCGUUCCUGGACCUUUUGACCAGUCUUAAGUGUCGUUCCGAGGUCCCUGUCAAAACUGCGGUCCCGGCAGGUGGCUUCCACAGCUUUCGUACAUGUCUGGAGGAGCGGAACCAUCAUGUCAGGAUUUUGCAGGACCGGGCACUUUGGCUUUGGGCCAUAGUCCCGAAAUGGGGCGCGGCCCGAUGGAGCGUGCAGUAUCUGCUCAGCAUGGUGGACAUUGCCCCUCAGGAGGUUUCUCUUAGAGCAGACGUGCUGUUGGGGGCCGGAGUGCCAUCGUGGGCGAUAGAGCUGACGGCGCGAGGAUCAGAAGGUCCGGCACCCCUGGUUUCGGACCAGCCCCGCCGGCGUGGGGAUUUUCCCAAGAGUCCCACGUUGCAGAGGGCCAACUUACAGCUGGCUUUGGAGGCGGCCAAGCCAGCCAACUUGGUGGCCACACUUUCGGCUCUGGAUGCCGACGUGCUGGCGGUUUCCACGGCGUCCAGCAAUGCGUCCCGGGUUCGACUAUAUGAGUCCAUUUGCCGCAUAGCCGAGGUGGAGGCUUGGCCGGUGUCGCAGCGAUCGGCUAGGAUUUUCGCUGGGUGUCUCAAGCAGGGACACUAUCGCAGCAUCAAGGUUUACUUUUCGGCCGUUCUGGGGCAUCAGCUGCGAAUGCUGGGGACAGCGGCACCUCCCGAGGUGCAGCGGUGCAUAACCGACUCGAUCAGGUCGGCUUUGCGGGGCGCCGGUCCCGCACAGCUGAAGGAUCACUUUCACGUGCCAGUUUUGCGGAAGCUUCUGCAGCGCGAGGCUGGGCAGGAUGGCUUCACUCCAUCGAACCCGGCACAUUGGGCCGACGUUUUGCUCAUCUGUUCAUGGUGGAUGUUUCGAGAGGUGGAAGCGUCAGCAGCCCAGGUGAGCCACGUGUCCAUGAAUACUUCGACACAGGAGGUUACGAUUAUGCUCCCGGUCCAGAAGACAGAUGCGAGGGGCAUGUUGUGCAGCAGAACUUUGAAGUGCGCGUGCAGAGUUGCGGUCCAGGACUUGUGCCCCUAUCAUGCUAUGAAGCGGCACCUACUUCGUUUGUCCCAAGGAGGCAGAGAAGCGGUUUCGUCCAGGGCGCCACUCUUCCCGGGGGCGGAUGGCAACGUCAUCACCAAGGACUCCUUCGUGCGGCUGGUGAGGGACACCUUGCAGUCCUGUGGUGUGGAGGUCACCAAGGAGUACGAAGGACAGCUGUUGCAGCGGUUUACCGGCCACAUCGCUCGAGUGAGCGGGGAUCCUCCGCAGCCUGCAGUGGCGCUGGGAAGUGGCAUCCCAGACCUUGCGCCUCCGCGACAGGAGGCCUCGGACGCGGCAGCGGUGGAAGCGUUGGCUCACGAAGUAGCUACCAUGAGGGUGGCACUGGAGGACCUCAGAGGUCGUGAAACCUACAUCGUGCAGGGCCGGACGCGCAAGCAUCACCGGAUUGGUGUGCCAGAGUCGGCUAACUUGCCGGUCGGUUGGUCCACGGUCUGCGGUUGGCGCUACGGGACCAGUCAAUUUCAUCGUGCCUCGUGGGUGGGCGAGUCGGAUGUGCGGUGUCGCCGAUGCUUCCCAGAAUGUUUUGAUCGGACAGAUGGCUCCGAUGCAGAGUCGGCUGACAGUGCCGACAGCGGCUCUGACUCCCAGGAGUCGAGCUCGUCUAGCUCCGACUCGAGCUGA